GGAGGGUGCCAGGAGUUUUCCGGGCUCCAGGCAUAGGGUCAGGAAAAGGCUCUGCCCUGCGAGUGUUGGUUCUGGGAUGUUGGGGUGGCUGUGUGUGACACGAGUGUGUGCUCCUCCCCAGAUGGAGGUACAACGCGCCCUGGAGCGGCUGCACAUGACCAUCUUCUCCCAAAGUGUUUCCCCCUGUGGCAAGUUCUUAGCCGCAGGGAACAACUACGGACAGAUUGCCAUCUUUAGUUUAUCAGCUGCUUUGAGCUCAGAAGCCAAAGAGGAAAGUAAGAAGCCAGUGGUGACCUUUGUAGCCCAUGAUGGCCCUGUGUACAGCCUGGUCUCAACAGAUCGCCAUCUGCUCAGUGCAGGGGAUGGUGAAGUGAAGGCCUGGCUUUGGGGGGAGAUCAUCAAGAAGGGCUGUAAGGAAGUGUGGAGCAGACAUCCCCCGUACAGACUGACCCCAUUUGCCCUUUUAAACAGGAGCAGCCUGGAAGUUCCUGAAAUCAAUGCUUUGCUGCUUAACCCCAAGGAGAAUUCCCUCCUCUUGGCAGGGGGUGAUUGCCAACUUCAUACUAUGGAUCUGGAAACUGGAACAUUUACGCGUGCACUUCGAGGUCACACUGAUUAUAUUCAUUGUCUGGCUCUUCGGGAAAGAAGUCCUGAAGUGUUAUCUGGGAGUGAAGAUGGCAGUGUUCGUCUUUGGGAUCUUCGUACGGGUGAGGAGGUCCAGACUAUUGAAGUUUACAAGCAUGAGGAGUGUGCUCGACCCCAGAAUGGGAAGUGGAUUGGAUGUUUAGCUACUGACUCAGAUUGGAUGGUAUGUGGAGGGGGCCCAGCUCUUACUCUUUGGCACCUUCGAUCUGCCACACCCACAACAGUGUUUCCACUUAGAGCCCCACAGAAACAUGUAACCUUCUAUCAAGAUCUGAUCCUCUCAGCAGGACAAGGACCUUGUGUGAACCAGUGGCAGCUGAGUGGGGAGCUGAAGGCACAGGUACCUGGCUCCUCUCCCAGUCUGCUUAGUUUAAGCCUUAAUCAGCAACCUGCUGCACCAGAGUGCAAGGUUCUGACAGCUGCAGGAAAUAGCUGUAGAGUUGAUGUCUUCACUAACCUUGGAUACCGGGCUUUUUCCUUAUCUUUCUCCUGACCCUCCUUUCCAAUCUUCCCUUCCCCAUUUGUUAAGAUCCACUUUGUUAAUUAAAAAAAAAAAAAAGGAA